CAAUGUGUCACAUCCACGGCUGUCGUCAUCAUUUCCACCAUAUUGGAGAAAUAAGUUGGAGAAGGAGAGGAGUGGAAAGUGGAGCAUAAGCGGACGUGAACAAAUGAUUAUGCUGACAGUGCCGUAUACAUAGCAGAAAAAACAUCUUAAGAAGCGUACCGGGGAGUGGAUGCGUGUGCGGAAGCGCUGCACCGGCGCUGUACUCGCAGGGGGGAGGUAGGGAUAGCCGUGUGCGUGCUCGGCAGCAGGGAGAGGACUCGGGAGUCCCUGUCAGGCUGCGGACCAUGACUUCCCUAACGCAGCGGAGCUCCGGCCUGGUGCAGCGGCGCACCGAGGCGUCCCGUAACGCAGCUGCCGAGAAGGAGCGCGACUCCGCGGACGAGGAGAACGGACCGCGCCGCGGUGACGAGCAGGACAGCGACGACGGCGGGGACGCCAAAGAAACGCGGCUGACGCUCAUGGAGGAGGUGCUGCUCCUGGGCCUCAAGGACCGAGAGGGUUACACGUCCUUCUGGAACGAUUGCAUGUCGUCGGGGCUCCGCGGCUGCAUGCUCAUCGAGCUGGCCCUCCGGGGCCGCGUGCAGCUGGAGGCCUGCGGCAUGAGAAGGAAGGGUCUGCUAGCCAGGAAGGUGAUCUGCAAAUCCGACGCUCCGACGGGGGAUGUCUUGCUGGAUGAAGCUCUGAAGCACAUUAAAGAGACUGAGCCACCUGAAACGGUGCAGAGAUGGAUCGAGCUGCUCAGCGGCGAGACAUGGAACCCCCUGAAGCUCCACUACCAGCUGAGGAACGUGCGAGAACGGCUGGCCAAGAACCUGGUGGAGAAAGGCGUGCUCACCACAGAGAAGCAGAACUUCCUGCUCUUCGACAUGACCACGCACCCGCUGACCAACAGCGACAUAAAGCAACGGCUCAUCAGGAAGCUGCAGGAGGCCGUGCUGGACAAGUGGGUGAACGACCCCCACCGGAUGGACAAGCGGAUGCUAGCCCUCAUCUUCUUGGCCCACUCAUCCGACGUGCUGGAGAACGCCUUCGCCCCACUGCUGGAUGACCAGUACGACCUGGCCAUGAAGAGGGUUCGGAACCUCUUGGACUUGGAGCCCGAGGGGGAGAGCAUGAAGGCCAAUGCUAACGAGCUUCUCUGGGCCGUGGUGGCCGCUUUUACCAAAUGAACAAGGAGAAACUCGGACAGGUGUGAACAGGCAGGACCUCUUGGUGUUGUCACCUACCCCCUCCGCGACAGAGCCUUGCCGUUUCACUGCGGCAUCUUAACGUUUAACCCUUAAUCACGCUACUCUUGUGAAUCUGGGACAUGAAGGUUGCACACAAAAUGAUGCACUCUUUAAAUGAUACAAGUCUCUGUUCCUUGAUGUCAUGCGUGGUUGCCUUUGGGUUUCCAGAUGUGCACAUUGCUAAUGUAUGAUCCUCGGUGUGGAUUUCCACUUUCACCCAUAACUGGAUUGAUUUGGUUUUUUUUUGCUGAAAACUGGAUUGUUGGCAGAUCUGACCACUUCUUCUUCUAAGAAAAACAUUACUCCUGAGCCCAGAUGCAAGCCAAAUGUUUUUUUUCCCAUCUUAUUUAUUUUUAUUUAUAACCUCCUUAACCUGGAGGCUAAGAAGAUCAUGUUACCUCAUGCCAUCUUAAUAUGGAAUAAAUGGCUUCCUUAACAAAUGGGCAUCUUAGCAUGCUCCUAUAUAGCUGAAUACCCCACGAGAGUUUCCUUGGAGGGCGGUUUUCUGGGAGAGCGUUGCAAUCAAUAGCCCCCCCCCCCCCCAGGUACCCAGGCCAUUAAAUUAAUAUGUAUUUAUAAAUAUCAGGCUCUUACUGUGAUUACAAAGACAUGUUCAACUCCUCCAGGUACUUGAAGGAAUUGCAUAAAUGCUUUUAGCACUUAAGUGAAUACCAGGAGUCACAGUGUGUGUGUAUAUAU